AAGAAGACCUUGCAAAGUCUGGCAGUUGCUGGGAUCCUGUGGAUGCACCUGCUUUGUCAACAUGCAGUAAUGCUGAUAUUUUCCGUAGAAUAAAUGCUAUGCUGGACAACUCUUUGGAUUUUACUGGUGUGUGUACUACACCUGUUACUAAAGGAAGGCGUGAGAAUCUUCCAGAACUGCAGGAUACUGAAGGAACACUAGGAAGCAGAAUGCUUUUCCCUACCUCUGCUCAUGAGUCACCCAGAGGCCUGCCAGACACCAAUGACCUGUGCCUUGGACUGCAAUCUUUGAGCCUGACUGGUUGGGAUCGACCCUGGAGCACUCAAGAGUCUGACACUGCAGCACAAAACAGCACUUCGUCUGUCCUCAACAUGCUCUCCAGUCCACUAGAGAACCUACUGCCCAAGGCUCCACUGGGCUUUACAUCCAUUGACCCUAUUGGUACAGACCUGAUGGACAAACUUUCCUCCCCAGUUGUAAGGAGCACUCGAAUGGAAAGUCGUUCUGUGUUGGACUCCCGAUCAAGCAGCCCCUCUGAUUCAGAUACAAGUGGUUUUAGCUCUGGAUCAGACCACCUGUCUGACUUGAUAUCAAGCCUUAGGAUUUCUCCACCUUUGCCUUUUGUGCCUCUGUCUGGAAUUUCCAGGGAUCAAAUGAAGCUAGGUGUUGGACCCCGCCUUGAUGAACAAUCUGUAAUGUCUGCUGCGGGCAUUUCUCUUCCAAAUUUGCCCAAGCGAUGGCCUGGGACUUCAUCAUGGUCUUCCUGGGACUUACUGGAAUCACCAGAUGAGCCUUUCAGCAUUGAGAGAGAAGCCAGAUUACACAGGCAAGCAGCUGCAGUGAAUGAAGCCACAUGCACAUGGAGUGGUCAGUUACCACCAAGAAACUACAAGAAUCCAAUCUACUCAUGCAAAGUGUUCCUGGGUGGAGUCCCUUGGGAUAUCACUGAAGCUGGACUAAUGAACACUUUCCGCGUAUUUGGAUCAUUGAGUGUUGAGUGGCCUGGUAAGGACGGCAAACACCCCCGCUGCCCUCCGAAAGGUAAUAUGCCUAAAGGUUAUGUGUAUUUGGUGUUUGAGGCAGAAAAGUCUGUGCGCUCCCUCCUUCAAGCCUGCACUCAAGACCUCCUUAGUCAUGAUGGACUUGGCGAAUAUUACUUCAAGAUGUCAAGCCGAAGGAUGCGUUGCAAAGAGGUGCAGGUGAUCCCUUGGGUCCUAGCUGAUAGCAAUUUUGUUCGUAGCCCAUCUCAGCGCUUGGAUCCAAGUAGAACAGUCUUUGUGGGAGCUCUGCAUGGAAUGUUAAAUGCUGAAGCUCUUGCUUCCAUCAUGAAUGACCUGUUUGGAGGAGUGGUGUAUGCUGGGAUUGACACAGAUAAGCACAAGUACCCAAUUGGGUCUGGACGUGUUACCUUUAAUAACCAGCGCAGUUACUUGAAAGCAGUAGGUGCAGCAUUUGUAGAAAUCAAGACACCAAAGUUUACAAAGAAGGUCCAGAUAGAUCCUUAUUUGGAGGAUUCCAUGUGCCAAGUGUGUAGCACUCAGCCAGGCCCUUUCUUUUGCAGAGACCAGGUAUGCUUCAAGUAUUACUGCCGCUCCUGUUGGCACUGGCAACAUUCUAUGGAGAUUCUACGCCAUCACAGGCCUUUGAUGCGUAACCAAAAAAACAGAGACUCCAGUUAAGACUGACAGUGUGCGCACCUCAGUGUAUGAAGAAUGACAUUCAUAGCUGCUAAGCGUUGAGAAGACAGCGCCAGCUCCAGACUGGGAACAGGCAGUUGAGGCUGGGGAAAAGGAGAUUCACUGUAUUGCACUUGGCGUAUGUGUGUGUAUGUUUGUACAUAUACAUGCAGCUUUAUUUUUUUUUCUUUUUUGGGGAGAGGUAGAUUUGUCAAACACCUUCACUUAGUAAAUUGUUGGGUGGUGUUUAUAAGCCUAUAAGCCCCAUUGCCAGCUUGCAGUUCCCAGACUUCCUCACAAGACCCCCCACCCCCACCCUGAACAGUGAAGAUGAGAAAAGCCAGAGGUCAGAAGGUCUUUAAGCAGAGGUUUGCUACAUUUUUUUUAAAUAUAGAUUUUUCUUUUUUACACAUUCCUUGCAUACUUAUGGAAGCCUGCAGGUAUCAUUGCAAUUCCAUGUUUUGCAAAAAAAAAAGAGAAACUCUGAAAAUACAGUGCCUUUUGGUUAACCCCCUUCCCCUUUCCCUCCCCAUCUGAACUACAUAAACUUUUAGUGUUCAGUUGGUGUAUUUUACUCAACAGAAGAGCACUUGCUCUUAAUUUAACAAUCAUAUUCAGAAUUUUACGCGGAAAGUUUUUACAGAUUCUUUUUACACUCUUAAAACGGUUUUAGUCAGUGAUAUCAAACGAUAAGUAUGAGACCAUUUUUCACCUUCUGGCAGCUUUUAACAUAUCCCCUUUUUAUGUCUGGGGCUGCUAAUAUUUUUGAGAACAGUGCUGCUGUUGUAAAUUAAAAUGUUUGCAAGCAUAAAAAAUAUGUAUCAGUGCAUAUCUUGUAUCUUAACUAAAGUGUCAGAUUAAUAGACAUAAACAGCUGGGUAACUGGUGGCUGAGCUCGUGUAUAUAGUUUUAAUAAUUUGUUGCACUUUUUAAUUUGCACUUAAGGGAGAGUACUCUAGGUAGAGGUUUUUAAAAUCACAAUUCACGGAAUCUUUUUUGGUACUUGAGGCUUAGACAUUUAAAAAUUAAGGAGCUGCAGUUUCUUUUUGGAUAUAAUGCUUUAUUUUUCUUUUCGUCUGACUGAAAGAAUGUUUAUGCAGCUGGCUGAGAUGCUACUGGAGAGAACUCAGCUAGAAAGGAGGUUACUCCUAAUUUAUUUUUUCAGAAACUCUGUGCCAAAGAAAGUGUCCAUUUUUAUUAUAAAUAUUUUUUUCUUUUCCUGCUGUGCUGUUAAUGCCUUGUUGCCUGACCCAGCUGCAGUCUGAGUGUUUGCAAGGUCUCUACCUCAUAGGGGUUCAUAUUUGAGACUGCAGUUACUAUUACAUGUGGAGUAAAACUGUAACUUUCCUCAAUUGUUUGGCACAAAAUAAAUGUGUUAAAGCAGCA